GGAGCUGUAACUUUCAAGUAACCUAGUUCUCACAUCAGCUGCCCCUGAGUCCGUCAGAGGCGAGGAGCCGCAGGACAUUUAAACCAUGAGAUACACUGGAUUAUUUAUAUCACUGCUUUCUUUUGUUUAUACAUGGGAGAACCUUGAGGCAGCAGAUCCAGCUUUACCUCAUGUGAUGCACUAUGAUGUUGUCCGACUUCAGGCACUUAAAGAGCGAACGAAAAGGAGCGUCUUUUCUCUCAAGACCUAUCCUGAAAAACUUGAAUAUGCUCUUGCUGUGGAUGGGAGGAACUUCAAUAUUUCUUUGCACAGAAAUAGGGAGCUUUUAGGAAAACAUUACACUCUGGCACAUUAUAACGAAGAUGGGAUUUCGGAGACUUCUGGCAAUAUUGACCACUGCUACUAUCAGGGAUACAUCCAAGAAAUAGAGGAUUCUUCUGUUAGUGUUGGUCUGUGCUCUGGAAUGCAAGGAUUUCUGAGAGCAGGAAAGCAAGUUUACUUGAUUGAGCCCCUAGAAGAGUCUGUGGAUGGUGACCAUGCUAUAUACAAACAAGAGCAUUUAAGGUCCAAGAGGGGGGCCUUUGGAUACAUUAAUGACACAGUCUACGACCUUGGUCCAAGGUUUAGUGGACUGUAUAAAAGCAAAAACAUGAAAAACAAAGCCCCCAGUGGAGGACAGCGGAUUGUUGAGAUGGUUUUGGUUGUUGAUCAUAAGGAGUACAAAAGGUUUGGGAGUGUUAAGAAUAUUGAAGAAAGAAUGAUGUUGGUCACAAAUCAUGUGGACAAGCUCUACCGGCCUUUAAACAUACGUGUCAUGUUGGUAGGACUUGAGAUUUGGUCACAAAGGGACAUGAUUGAUGUCAGCCAUAUACCGAAUGAAACUCUGGAACGUUUUUUAAAAUGGCGUCAGGAAAUUCUUCUCAAGAGGAAGAAGCAUGACAAUGCCCAUUUUAUUACUUCUAUAGAUUUUCAGGGAUCCACUGUUGGGUUGGCAACAGUGAAUGCUAUGUGCUCUCAAUCCUCGGGUGCUGUGAAUGAGGACCAUAAUGACAAUCCUGUUGCAGUGGCUUCUACCAUUGCUCAUGAAAUGGGACAUAAUCUGGGCAUGUCACAUGAUAAUACAAACUGUGGGUGCUCGUCUAGCAAUGGCUGCAUUAUGCAAGAUAGCAUUGGGUAUGUUUACCCUGACUCCUUCAGUACUUGCAGUCAAGCAUCCUUAAAGACUUUUUUGCAGAAUUAUGACUCCAGCUGUCUGCUAGACAUGCCAAAUGAUGGUGAAUUAUAUGGGGGCCCAGUGUGUGGGAAUGCUUUUGUGGAAAAAGGCGAGGAGUGUGACUGCGGAACGGUUAAGGAAUGCAACAAUCCCUGCUGCAAUGCCUCCACUUGUCGGCUGACCAAAGAUGCCCAUUGUGCACAUGGGGAGUGCUGCCACAAUUGCCAGCUGAUGCAGUCAGGCAUUCUGUGCAGACAAAGUGGUCAUGACUGUGAUUUGCCAGAGUACUGUACAGGAGAGUCAGCCUUCUGUCCCAAAGAUGACUAUAAGAUGAAUGGAAUCCCCUGCAAUUUUAAUCAGGGUUACUGUUACAAUGGACAAUGUCCAACACAUCAGGAACACUGCAAGUUUCUGUGGGGAUCAGAUGCUGAUGUAGAUGCCGAUACCUGCUUUCGUCACAAUUUAUAUGACGGAACGUCCAAGUCCGCUGAGCACAUGAAAUGUGGGAAAAUAUACUGUUCUGGUGGGAAUGAGUUCCCCAUAACAACAAAAAAAUUGAUAGUAACCUUGCAAUCAAGAACCUGCUACAUGGCUUUGGAUUCCUCGCCCACAGAAGAUUUGGGGAUGGUUCCUACAGGCACCAAAUGUGGUUCUAAUAAGGUGUGUUACAACAACCUUUGUUUGGACAUUAGUAUAUACGGUACUGAGAACUGUUCUGAUAAAUGCAACAAUCGUGGGGUGUGCAACCAUGAAGGAAAGUGUCACUGUGAUCCAGGUUGGGCACCACCCUAUUGUGACGUUCAACUGUCCGAACUUCCAAAAAUCAAACAAGCUUUAGUCAUUGGUGUGACUACAUCUGUAGUCGUCUUGGUACUGAUCAUUAUCAUUGGAGCACUGUUGUGUAGCAGAAACAUAAUAGCAGAAAUUAAAAAGAAAAGGUCUUUGAAGGACACCCACAGUUCCUCUGGCCAGUGCAAUCCAGCAUUCCAACUGGGCAGUGCAAAGAACAGCCCCAGAUUUGCACAACCAUGCAUUAGUCAACCAACAUUCCUUGAAACAUCCUCGUCACUGACCUGCAAACCUCUUCAUGCUUCAGCUGUGCCCUAUAGACCAGCACCACUGCCUCCAAAGGACUCAACACAAACCAGGAUGCAACAGAUUAUGAAACCCUCCGUCCCACCUGUUUCCUAUUUUCAUCCUACUCAGGCCAAACCCCUGUUACCUAAACUGGAAUCUAAACCACUUCCUCCUUCAAGACCUUUACCACCACUGAUGUCCAAAUCUGAGGCUAAACCAAAACCACCUCCAGUGCCUCCUGCAAAACCUGCAGGGAUACAUCCAGCACAUGCUCCACCUAAGGCAAUCCAGAAAGUAGCACUGAAACCUCCUGCCAGGCCCAGAUGACUUGAAACAGUCUGAGUUUGAGUCGUUCUUUUGGGGGCUUCAGAAGAAGCUUGGGAUGCAAAACCAAGGGAGCAGUUCAUGAGCUGAACAAAGCUCAUAUUUCUUUGUGGUAUGGCUGUGAAUUACAAGAUGAAGUUAAAGGAGAUGGUAAAACAGAAUGAAGCAUUUGCACUCACUCGCUCCCUUGGUAAUCUUGGUACAACCUGUUUAUUUCCGUUUCUGUAUUUUGGCCAUUUUCUUUUUAUUUACUGUAUGUUUUUUUAUUAUAUAUAUAUAUAUAUUAUAUUAUUUGCAGAAAUUUACAGCCAUUGCUAGUUGUGUGUAAAAAAAACAACCAGCAAAAAUAUCAAUACAGGGCAUCUAAUGUCCACUUAGUUAACUCCAUGCAAGUGUACAUAGUCCCUCUUUCACAAUCUCAUUACUCCCAAGCAGCAGAGAAAAUAUUCUCAUGUGUUUUAAAACUAAAGCCAAAUAUUCUUCAAAAAGAAGCUUAUUAUUUCCAAAGGCAUGAGUUCCAGUGUUGGGGAGGCCAGGGUUGGUUGGCACACUUUUCAUACUUUGUUGAAUAUCUCUGUUGGAACAAACGUGAAGAUACCCCAAGUAGGUACAGUAUUUAUUAAUACAAAUAUUUACUCACUUUUGUUAAUUAAUGGUCAAAGUUAUGUUGUGCGUUUGUGCCAACCAAACCCAAAUGGGGUUAGUUGGCACAGGUUGUCUGGUUGGUUGGCACAGUGUUAAAACACUAUAGUUUUAAGAGAGAAGCAACACACAAAAAACAAACAACAGUUUAUUUUAAACCAGGACAACAUAACAACACAUGUUUGUCUUCUAUCGUUAAUAUGAGUAAUGAUUAUGUAAUUAAUAUGAUUUUAUUCAUAUGAUUUUUUUUUAAAUUAUGAACAAUUUGUAUAUAUAUAAACUUAUCUAAAUCUUUAAUUAAACUUGUUUAAUAUAAAUGUAAAACUUUUCUAAUCUCAUAAAUGAAACAAACUAAUUGUAUAGCUGGCUUGUCUUAAACUGUGAGUAUGUGUAAUAAGCAUAAUAAUAAUAAGUAUUAUUAUUACAUUAUUUUAUGUUAUAUAUGUGUGUUUAGAGGUAUGAAGUUAUAUAACGGUUAUGAAUCAUUCUCUAUUAUUUUUUUAUAACCAGUGUGAUAACCAACCCCAAAAUCAACAUGCCAACCAACCCCACUCACACUCAUUAGAUAAAUGAUGUAAGCCAGCUAGCACACAGUAGCUUAUCACAGGCUAACAACUCUUAUAUCAAAAUAAAGCUGAUGCCCAUCACUAUUAACUCAAAUUAAUAUAUUUAAAAAAUCAUUCUUGGUAUUAUAAAAUUUUUAGCAGAUUAGUUUAAUUGUUGUUACAUAGAUAAAAUGCAACGUUGCCUUUGCUAUAACAGAUUUUAACAUUCAGAUAGAAUCAACCAGUGUAGGUCAGGAAAAUGAACAUUUACAUAUUUCAAAAUGACCAGAAAUUGCCUCUGUGCCAACCAACCCCAGUCUCCCUUACUUUCCGUCUCUCAUUAGAUAGAAGAAUUUUAAGCAAUUUCUUUGUGGACAUCAAACCAAAGCAACCUUGUAAAAUAUCUUUUAAAAUACAGUGAAGAUAAAAUUUUCAGUUUUACACAUCUUAAUUUGUUUCAUUGGAUAUAUAUGAGUCCUAUUAAUUGGGUUUCUAGUUUGAACAAAACCUCUGGAUUUCACAGUGCCACACAAAUCCCAGUCCAUAAAAUAGCAUAUCAGUGGCCACACUGAGAGUAGUUGUUUACAUAUAUUUGCAUAUUUCUUUAUUUAUAUGUUUCCGAAACCUUUACUGUUGAGUUUACUUGUAGACAUAGUUAGUGAGUUAGACAAAGGCAAAAAUGUGUUUUUUGCCCACCUAAUCUUUGUUCAAUCAUGCAAUCUCAGCUGGUCUGAUUUUACUCUCUGUAAAUCUGAAAAUAUGUAUUGAUUAUUAUGUCUGUUUGUAUAUUUGUUUACUUUAAUAAAGUGUUUUCACAUUUCUCUUGUAA